AUGGAAAAAAGUAAUAAAUCACUCGGAGGACAGGAUCAAGCAAAAAAGAGAUCAACGCAGCAUGCAACCCUAGCAAAAGAAUUUAUGGAUACAAUGACUAGCUAUCGCAAUAUGCAGAUAGAAAAUGCUAGGAAAUAUAGAAAGAAAAUUACAGAGCAAUAUCUUAAAGUAAAUCCUGAUGCUACACAAGAAGAAAUUGAUCAAUUCAUAGAUAAUGACAUAAAUAAGUCGAGCACAAUUAUUACGGAAAUUCAAGACCGUCAACGUGAUGUUCGACGGAUUGAAAAUUCAAUAAAUGAACUAAAAAAUAAGUUUAACGAAAUUCAAGCAUUAGUAAUAGAAAAAGAUGAUACGGUUCACACCACAAGAUUUUUUGAAUUGACUCAAGACUCACCACAAACUGAAAGAAUCGUACGCCAACCUAAAAUAAGUCACACAAACAAAAACAGAAGGUUGUAUGUACCAGAUGUACCAGUAAAUAACAAUUUACAUCAAAAAUUAUCGCUAAAGAAACUUGGAAAAAAGGAUAAUGAUGCUUUAUGUCUUUAUCCUGGUUGCCCAAAUAAAGUUAAAAGAGGCAGAAAUGGGAUUGAUUUUAACUAUUGUAGCACUGCCUGUCAAUUAGCAAGUUUUCAGAGUAUCAAUCCAGAACCUGUGAAUGGUUAUGAAGUUGCGCCGGAGGUUUACGAUGUGGAUGCAACAGAGACACAGCAGUGGUCACAGCCACAAACUAAUCCUGUAAUAUUAGAAUCCUCGUCACAACCUUCUCAAAAUUCUAACGAUACUAAUAAAUUUUCAAGAAAUCCAUUUGGAUUACUUCAACAAUCUUCUAGCUCUUCAUCUUAUUUUCCUACUUCUCAACAAGAAUACACACCAACCAAUGACUAUUACGCGUCCUCAAAACAGUCUGAGCCAAAUUUCUCAACGUGGUUAGAUCCUAAUGUUAACCCGGAUAACCUAAGCUUUUCGCCAUUUGAACAAACUUCAAACGAUUCAGCCGAAGCAAAGACUGUAUUUUGUUCGAAUUGUACAUAUUUUGUUCGACCAAACAGAACAACAUGUGAAAUAUGUGGUACCAAUGUCAAAAAGGAAAAAUCUGUGCAAAAUGAACUGUCUGAUUACUGGAUCAAAAAGGCUGAAGAGGAAGAAGAUGAUUUGUAUAUAGAUGUUCUUACUAACCAUACUCCAGAUGAUGAUAAGAAUCAUAUAAUAUGUCAAAGUUGCAUGUUUUUAAAUCAUCCAUUGUUAAGUUAUUGUGAAAUAUGCGAAUCCCAGUUAAUUACAGAUGCGGCGAUUCGAUGUUCUGCCUGUUCAUUCCUUAAUAAUCCUAUUCAUUCUCAAUGUGAGAUGUGUUAUUCACCUAUUGGGGAUUUGGAAUUUUUAAAUGUACCCGAUUUGAAUAUGCAACAGUGUCCUGUAUGCACAUUGUAUAACCAAGAUAACAUGACUACCUGUGAAGCUUGUGGUAGUUUUUUGAAACAGCUUACUCCAAUACUUAAUACUAUAAUGACAGUUUUAGAACAAACAAGUAACCAAUAUAGGGAAAUACAUAGAAGAUUUGCAGCAACUAUGCCUAAUGUUCAAGUUGUAGCCAUUAUUGGCUUGCAGAUGCCGACAAGGCUUGUUGAAGCACAUGAAAGGUAUAAGAAUGAUAUGGCCCGAGGAUCUCGAGUUACUCCAGAAAGCAUCACCCAUAAAAUGUUUCAUGGUACUAAAUGUAUUUGUAAUAAUCCGACUAAUUACGCACAAUGGAAUCAUUGUCGUAAUAAUGGAUGUGGAGCAUGCGGAAUCGCACGAAAUGGGAAUUCUUCUACAUUUGGUCGAUGUGGUGGAGGGCGCAUGUGGUUUGCCCAACAAUCCAAUAUUUCAUAUAACUAUUGUACCCCGGGAGCUACAAUUAAAACUAUGUAUACCGUUGAUGUCGUUUCUUUGGCACCACCAACUGCAUCGGUUCUUAUAGUUAAUAGAAAUGAGGCAAGUAUAAUAGUUAUUUAA